AAUGAUCAUCAUCACACCACAACACUCCAUAGUCUUCCUUUAUAUUGGCCACCUCCUGACACUAUCAUCAUCUUGUCGGCCUCUUUAAUCUCCCAUUACUCCUCCUCUCCCCUCCCUAAACCCCAAACUUCCCUCUCCCCUACGCAAAAUCAAUCCAUCCUGUUCUCUUUGAUUCAAUUUCUCCUAUAACCUCCCUUUUUCUAACAAAUAUAUAUUAUAUAUCUUCAAUUCUUGUUCAAGCUAGCUCCUUGGAUUCAAAUCCUGACUAGUUUUUCCUUCUUUCUUUCUUUUUUCUUCACUCCUUUCUGAAACUGAAUUAAUUAACCAUGAAACACCAACAGAUUAGCCUCGAAAGAAAUAGUAGCUGCAGCAGAAGCACAGGAAAAAUAAUCCCAUCAAACUACAUGAGAUCAAUCCCUGAACAAGAAGAUCAUCACUCUCAAAUCUCUGUACGACGCCUUAAUAAUACCAAAAUCAAUUCAAGGUUUACUUGUUUUUUUAGUUCAAUUUUCAAGAUUCUGUCUUUCCCAAAUAUACUCUUCCCUGCAGCCUGUAAAUGGCUAUCAAUCCCAACUCAGAACCUGUCCAUAACCCCUUCUCUUGGCCGGAAAGUCACUGGAACCAUCUUUGGAAACCGCCAUGGCCAUGUCAACUUCGCGGUCCAGGAUGACCCGGUUUCUGAACCGGUCUUAUUACUCGAGCUUCCGAUGUCUACGGCAAUGUUAGUUAAGGAAAUGUCAUCAGGUUUGGUCAGGAUCGCCCUGGAAUGUGAUAAGGUUCGUGCUCCUCAGGUUCAGACAGGCCGGCAGGGGAAGCUGUUUAAUGAACCAACAUGGACUAUGUAUUGUAAUGGAAGGAAGUGUGGGUACGCCGUGUCGCGGAGGUGCACAUAUUCUGAUCAGUACGUGUUUGAAACCGUUAAGAGUGUUUCGGCUGGCGCUGGGGUUAUUCCGGUGAUAGAGGAUGGGCAUAAGAGCGACGGUGUAGACGGUGAGUUGAUGUAUAUGAGGGCUAAGUUUGAGCGAGUUGUAGGGAGUCGUGACUCAGAGGCAUAUUAUAUGAUGAAUCCUGAAGGAAAUGGAGUGCCUGAACUCAGUAUAUUUUUACUAAGAAUAUAAGAAAAAUCAUCUAGGUGGCGGUCCAGUGGUAAAAGUUUGGAAUUAAGAGAUUUGUUUUCUUUGUAGUCUCAGGUUGGAACCAUGUGGUUGCUUAUAUAAUGGUCAUUGGAGGCUUAUAUGGUCGUUAACUUCAGGACCCGUGGGAUUAGUCGAGGUACGCGCAAGCUGGUCCGGACACCUACGUUAAACUAAAAAAAAAGAAUAUGAGAAGAAACAAAGACUUUGUUUUCGUGAUUUAUGGUUAUUGGGUAAUGUAAGGUGAAGAUGCUUGUUUAAUUAAUUAAUUAGUGACUUGUACGAUGCUUGGUUUAUAUUUGAUUUUCUUUCUCUGUAUUUUUGUUUAGACUUUAGAUUUUAUACAUUUUCCCCGUUCAUGAAAUAAAAUAUACACUAAUAACAAAUCAAA